GGCGUUGCGCAAACAAAGAGGUCGGACGAAAGCCGGCCGGCAUGCAGACCUAACUUUGAGGUGUUAGGUCAAGGUGCUUACGCAAGGGGCACUAUUACUUCAUCGGUUGCGCCGGUACGAUUCCUUCGCUGUGUGGCGUCCUCCCAAAAGGAGAAAAGUGGGAGGAGAGUUGUGCCGGUGCCCGGUCUACAAAAUGCGCACAUACCUCGUGAUUGGGAACCAGCGACAAAUCGGUAUAGUGCAUGCUGGGUAGCACGAGAUAAUACGGUCUCUUGUGCACGGGUGAUUGAUGCGAGUGGACGAAUUUUCCCUAGCUGAGUAUUGCUAGGAGUAAUUGUGAGCCUGUGAUUGCUUAUGUUAGCAUGUGGCUGUGUGUGAACACAUAUUUCUCUGGAGGGCCAUUCCCAGAAGGUUAAAGUGCCAUUCUGUGACACUGUUUAUAAUACGUAUUUCUCUGGAAGGCCAUUCCCAGAAGGUAUAAGUUCCAUUCUGUGACGUGCAACCGACGAGCCGACGAGACGAGCCGACAUGUUCCCUCGAAGACGACGAGGACGAUUGGUGCCAUCCUGACGAGCAGUCCAGUCGAUGUCAACAAAAGCUUGACUGUCAGAGUGGGACAACAGAUAUGUCGGAAUUUAAAGUAGACCGGCUUUUCGCUGAUGAAGACUUCGAUGUCAUUGACAACCAACAAGACCAACAAGAAGAAAACCACAAUGAGGCGGGUGGCAGCAUGGGUGAAGUUGAUGAUACAGCUGACAGGGAGAUGUUUGAAGAAGAAAUUUACCGGUUAGAUGAAAGUGUGAAAUGCAAAUCCACUAAGCAGUCAACAAAAUGGGCCAUAAAAAAGUUUGAGGACUGGCUGCAGAAACGGAAUUUCAAUGUGGACCUGGAGAGUGUGUCUGAUGAUGAGCUAGCGCAAAUACUUCGAAAAUUCUAUGCGGAGGUUCGCACGAAUGAUGGCAAAAUAUAUUCUCCGGGAACCCUGCGUGGUUUAAGGGAGGGCAUUCAAAGGACUAUUGCUGGAAACCCAUACAACAGGGCAGUUAACAUUCUAACAGGAACGGCCUUCAUGCUAGCAAAUCGUACGCAAGAAACAAUGUGCAAAAAAUGGGUUGGAAAUGGAAAGCAAAAGCAUAUGCCUGCAUUUUAAAAGGGGGACAUAUCAAAAAUGGAGAUAUAUUUUCAAGGGUACAAAAAUGACCCUGAAAUUUUAACAAACACUUUUUGGUUUCUGUUAUGUUAUUUUGUUUCCAGGCGAGGACGCGAAGGUUUUCGUGAGCUGAAAGUCGACUCGUUUGAAGUAAAAGCAGAUGACAAAGGGGUAGAAUAUAUAACUGAAAGACAUGGAGAAACAAGUAAAAAUUGGCAGGGUGGCUCAUCAAGUAAGGCAUGGGACUAUACAGUCCAAAGAGGUUAUGCCUUAACAAUUGGAUGUUCUGAAAUUAACCUCGUUGAUGUCUUCAAGUUUUAUCUUUCAAAGUUGUCUCCAUCAAACACUGCAUUAUUUCAAAAGCCUUUUAAGAAAUGUAGAGGAUCAACAGUGUGGUAUGGGAAUGCUGUUCUUGGGAAGAACAAACUUGGAACAAUUAUGAAAAACAUCUCAUUCGUCUGCAAGCUGUCUAGGGCAUACACAAACCAUUCUGUCAGAGCUACAGCAGUUACAGUCAUGGAAUUGAUACUACGCAAAUAAGCACAAGACAGAAGAAUCUCUAAAACAUUACAAUGAAAACCAAACAUCUGAACAAAAACGUUAAUGUGCUGAAGCAUUAAGUGCAGGACUUUCAGCCACAGAAAUCUGCAUAUCUGAUCAAUCAGAGCAAUCAAGUAACAGCCAAACUAUCAACUCAUACAGAAGCACCAACACGCUGACAAUUCCAACCAUGGGAAACCACACCUUCAACCUCAAUAUAACUGGAGGCACAUGCAACUUCCAAUUUUUUAACAAGUAAAGAAACAGUUGUGGCAGAUUGAAAAAUUGUGUUUUUGGUCUCAUAAUGCAUUUUGUUGAAGUUUAAUUUUAAAAAUGUUUUGUCUUACAUUAAAAUUGUAUGGGCCAUUAUAGUGUUAACCACCAGGGGGCUGUUUCAUAAACGAUUGUAUGUAAAUGUUUACUUACGAGAGAAUUUUGUAAUCUUGAUAAGCAGAUGAACUAGCUCGCUAUGCUCGUCAAAUAAACAUAAUGUGAAAAUGCUUUAUUCUAGUUUUCUUAGAAUUGAUGAUAAUAUUUAAGAAAUUAUUUGUGUACAUUGCAGUGUGUUGUCGAAUAACCCACGACCAGAAGUUUAGAUGCGUAGUGAUUUGAAACAAUGAAACUAUACUUUCGACCGUGGGUUAUUAGACAACAAACUAUAACCUACACAAAUUAUUUUGAUUCUAACACGGUUUUUAAUAAAGAUUAAUACAAUGUAUCUUGUUUAUUUGCCAUGUUCCGUGUUAGAAUUUUUGUAAGUAACAAGUCUGAAGGUGUUGAAUGGGCAAAUAAUUGUUUGGAGGAUUAAAUGUCUGUGAUAUAUAUACAAAAAAAUAAGCAUCUGUGUAUCAAAGUGUCAGGGAUUUAAAAGGUAUUUGUUUCUUAUGAGUUUUGAUUUCUGUGAAAUUUGUUUUUUACAAAAUGUUUAUAAAUUGUUAUUAGUUAUGCCAGUCCUGAGCCGUUUCUCAGCAACUGUUAAUAUUAAAUUUCCUGGAACUUGCAUUACAUUUGUAAAUCUGUAUUAUCAUACUAUGGUGCAUACAUACUUUGCAUUCGCAUUGAUUAGGUAAACUCAGUUUAUGCACCCUUUAUUGAUUAAAUAUGACAUUUUUCUCAGUAACUACCAGUAUGUGUAUUUCAUGGAAUUUCAUGACAAUUUUUUUAAUGAAUGUGAAUUGCUAUAGUGCGAUAGUCCAUAUUGAAGUUUCGUCAGGAUCGACUAGGUAACACCAGAGUUAUGACCUUUAACUGAGGUCACUAUGGUCUGUAAUUACUAAAAUUUGAGUAAAUGUGUUAUUGUCAUACUUUGAAAGUGCAAAUGCAAGUUUUAUUAAGAUUAAUAUGGUAAUUCUAGAGUUAUCCCCUCUCAUUUAUUUAAAUUAGAAAUUUUGACCACACCAAGCUGUUUAGUAUGAAACUGCAUGUAUGUAAUAAUCAAUUUGUCCGGUAAUGUCAAAUAUGAAUCUCUUUCAAUGGUAGGUUAACAAAGUAUUCUGUUUUGUACUGAAAGAAAGAAUGCAUUAACAUCCUACUAAUUGUAUACAUGUAUUGCCCACUGUAGUUAUUAAAUAGUGUUGAAAUAAAUAAAUAAGCAUACGUUAAUUGAACAAUUUGAGAUACCUAGGCACUGGCCACUGUUUAACUAUAUCAAUAACUUCAUAUGUGUCACCCGAAUAAAUUUGUCCGGGAAUGUCAAAUGUGAAUGAUCUCUUUAAAUGGUAGGUUAACAAGGUAUUCUAUUUUGUACUGAAAGAAAGAAUGCAUUAACAUCCAACUUAUUGUAUACAUGUAUUGCCCACUGUAGUUAUUGAAUAUUGUUGAAAUAAAUAAACAUACAUGUAUUGAACAAUUUGAGAUAAAUAGGCACUGGACACUGUUUAACUAUAUCAAUAACUUAAUAUGUGUCACCGUAAUAAAUUUGUCCGGAAAUGUAAAAUGUGAACGAUGUCUUCAAUGGUAGGUUAACAAAGUUUUCUAUUUUGUACUGAAAGAAAGAAUGCAUUAACAUCCUACUUAUUGUAUGCAUCUAUUGCCCACUGUAGUUAUUGAAUAUUGUUGAAAUAAAUAAUCAUAAAUUUUUUUGAACAAUUUGAGAGACAUAGGCACUGAACACUGUUUAACUAUAUCAAUAAAUUUAUACGUGUCACCAUCUUUUUCGAAAAUUGUUUGACUGCAAAAAUAGCCAGGUAGUGGCAGAUAACCUGGACGCGCUUCCCGGUCAGCCAUCACUAAGGGAAGUAACGCGCGUGGACAAGUUUAUCAUUGUGGCGUCACCACCAUCUCUUUAGUAUUCUAUUUUGUACUGAAAGAAGGAAUUAAUUUACAUCCUACUAAUUUUACACAUGUAUUGCCCACUGUAGU